UAUAUUUUUGGAAGGAAGUUCACGCUGCUGACCGAUCAUCGCCCACUCACUGCAAUAUUUGGUCCACACCAUGGCAUUCCCGCUCUUGCUGCCAGUAGGAUGCAAAGGUGGGCUUUGUUGCUAUCUGCUCACACCUAUGACAUCAAAUACCGAAAGUCAGAAUUGCACGGGAAUGCGGACGGUCUGUCCAGGUUGCCUCUUGCUGACGGGGAAAAGGAAGCAAAGGUGGGUGAAAUUUUCUAUUUCAGCCAGGUGGAGCGGGCUCCUAUAACGGCCGCACAAGUAUGCAGGGGCACACGAAAUGACCCUGUCCUGUCAAGAGUCGUGGAUAUUGUCUUGACCGGUAAAGGGGAGAGCGAUGGCCUGGAGCUAAAACCUUACAUCUCUCGACGUCAUGAACUUUCGGUGCAGUCCGGCUGCUUGUUGUGGGGAAGGAGAGUGGUUAUUCCCCCGGCUUUACGCAAGCCAAUGUUAAAACAGCUGCAUGUAGGACACUGUGGAAUGGUCCGCAUGAAGGAGAUUGCCAGGAGCUACUUCUGGUGGCCAGGAGUAGAUGGCCAAAUUGAGGAAAAAGCUAGGACGUGUACUUCAUGCCAGCGCAUACGUAACGCACCACAACUUGCACCUCUGCACCCGUGGGAAUAUCCUGAAAAAUCAUGGCAUCGCAUUCAUAUUGAUUUUGCUGGCCCAGUCGAGGACAAAAUGCUGUUGGUGGUCAUGGAUGCACACAGUAAGUGGCCUGAGGUGGCCAUUAUGAAAUCUACUUCAGCUGAAAAGACAAUUGAGAAACUGGGAGAAAUGUUCAGUAGGUUUGGAUCACCAGUGCAACUUGUCUCAGAUAAUGGCCCCCAAUUUACAUCCCAUGAGAUGGCCACAUUUCUACAAGCAAAUGGUGUGCAACAUAUAACGUCAUCACCUUACCAUCCUGCAACUAAUGGAUUAGCCGAAAGGUUUGUCCAAACCAUGAAACAUGCUUUGAAAGCUUCGCUCGGGCAAGGCACAUUUCAUAAACGUCUGCACAGCUUUUUGCUCUUCUAUCGCAGUACUCCGCAUGCGACCACCAAAGUAUCGCCAGCGUUUUUGUUGUUCAGCAGAGAGCUCAGGACAAGCUUUGAGCUGAUUAAACCAGCUACACUCAAAGAAACUGUCCAACGGCAACAAGACCAUCAAGUACAGCGACGGAAUCUGCGAGCCAAGGACAGAAUCUUUGCAACAGGCUCAUCAGUGCUUGCUCGGAACUAUGGUAGUGGUCCGAAAUGGGUUCCGGCUACUGUGGAGGCCCAAACGGGUCCAGUGUCAUAUAAGGUCAAGACUGCUGAAAAUCUUUCCUGGAGGAGACAUACUGAUCAGUUGCUUGAUGGAGCCAGCACAGUUACAGAUCUUCCUGAGGUCACUGAUGCCACUGAUCAAAUAUAUGACAAUUCUCCAACUUCAGUAGUCUCCACAAAGGAGCCUAUGAUGAUCACAAAUAGUCCUUUUGCUAACGAACAAUCAUCUUCACCAGCAGGAAAUGGAAACCAAAUAGGCCACCGGUAUCCAGCAAGGGAGCGGCGUCCUCCUCAGCGUUUACUGGACUACACUUAGUUAGGGGCUUCCCUUAUUGCUUUGGGGCAGAAUAAUCCCCUAAGGGUAAGCUAGGGUUUGAGGUAGUCUACCCUCAUUCCCAGUAUAUAGUUGUGUCACUUUACAACAGGAUUCAGCAUAAAGACUCAAUGUUCAUGUUUACAAAAAAAAAAAAAAA